CCCUUUCGUUAUGGGUGCUGAUGAUUCUUGUAAUUAAUACAGGGAUGUCCCUUGCCAGCAUAAUAAAUAUUGGGUAGAUCUCAAAUCUAAUUACUAUUUUCAUAUAGAUUUUGUCUAGAUUAAAUCCUAUAUCAAAUCAUCAAUAAUACACUCCAAAAUUAGUUUCCAGUUGGUUGUGACUGAUUUUGUUUCAUACAAGUAGAUCCGGUUGACAAAAAUAAGUUCAUUGGUCUCUCUUAUAAGUACUAGGCAAAGAGCCCGUGCGAUAUCGCACGGGAACUCAUUUUAUAAAGAAUAUAUUAUAAUCUAUAAUUUAUAAUUUUAUAUGCCUGAUAAAAAAAAUUAAAUCAUAUAAAAAAUUAAAUUUAAUUUUGAUGAUUAAAAUAUGAUUUACAAAGUAUUCAAAUAUAUAUAUAUAUUUUAUAAACCUUAAUGUUCCCUUUAAUUUUUUAUCAAAACACAUAUUGCAUACAAUUAUGUCUUCAUCAUUUUUAAGUUUUUUCAUACAUUUUUCACAUGAUAGUUAUCUUCAACCACUUUUUGAACAAAAUGCAAUUUUUUUUGCAUGAUAUAUAAUUUUUUUUUCCUAUUUAAGACAUAAUAUUAAAAUUAUUAGUUUAUAAUUUUAAACAAUUAUAAUUUAUAUGUUGGUAAUUGUUAUUUUGUAUAUUUAUCUACCUGCUUUAUUUAUUGAAAAUGAAUAUCCAGAAAAUUGAAUAUUGUAAUAAAUAUAUGUUGAUUUACGUUAAUAUAACCCGUCUCAUUUAUAAUAUUUUUUUUUAAUUUUUGGGAGAGUUCUUAUAAAAUACCAACACUUAUUAUAUAAACUAACACAUUACUUAAAUAAAACCAAUAUUUUUAAAGCAAUUCCACUUUGAGAUUAAAAGACACCUUGUUUAGAUGAAAAGUUGCAACUUUGACAUUAUUUUUUUCACCAUUUUAUUAUUAGUAGAUUAGUGAAAAUUUGAUUUGAAAAAUGCAUGGGAGAGACUAUUUAUAGAUUUAUUUAAAGCCUAUUUGAAUAGUCACAACCCUUCAAUAUGAAUAGUCGCAUUCUUCUAAUACUCACAACUUUUCACUUUUUAAAAGAUACUAGUGAAUAGUCACAACUUUUAGACUAUUUUUAGAAGGACACAACCUUACAACAUAUAACUUUUAGAAAUGACACAACUCUCUACACAUAUUUUUCAAAAGACACAACUUUUCAACAUAAUUGAAGUUCACAACCUUAGAAAUUAAUUGGAAAAGACACAACCUUACAACAUAGAACUUUUAGAAAAGACACAACCCUUUACACUACUUUUUCAAAAGACACAACCUUUCAACAUAAGUGGAUUCACAACCUUAGAAAUUAAUUGAAAAAGACACAACCUUCCAACAUAGAACUUAAAAGACACAACCCUUUACACUUCUUUUUCAAAAGACACAACCUUUCAACAUAAGUGGACUCACAACCUUUGGAAUUAAUUGGGAUUGCUAUUAUUAGUAGAAAAACAAUCCCACUUUGAGAUGAAAAGACACCUUAUUUAGAUGAAAAGUUGCAAUUUUGACAUUAUUUUUUUCACCAUUUUAUUAUUAGUGGAUUAGUGAAAAUUUGAUUUGAAAAAUGCAUGGGUGAGACUAUUUAUAGAUUUUUUAAAGCCUAUUUGAAUAGUCACAACCCUUCAAUAUGAAUAGUUGCAUUCUUCUAAUACUCACAACUUCUCACUUUUUAAAAGAUACUAGUGAAUAGUCACAACUUUUAGACUAUUUUUAGAAGGACACAACCUUACAACAUAUAACUUUUAGAAAAGACACAACUCUCUACACAUAUUUUUCAAAAGACACAACCUUUCAACAUAAUUGAAGUUCACAACCUUAUGAAUUAAUUGGAAAAUACACAACCUUACAACAUAGAACUUUUAGAAAAGACACAACCCUUUACACUACUUUUUCAAAAGACACAACCUUUCAACAUAAGUGGAUUCACAACCUUAGAAAUUAAUUGGAAAAGAUACAACCUUCCAACAUAGAACUUUUAGAAAAGACACAACCCUUUACACUUCUUUUUCAAAAGACACAACCUUUCAACAUAAGUGGACUCACAACCUUUGGAAUUAAUUGGGAUUGCUAUUAUUAGUAGAUUAAAUCAAUUAGUUCACAUAAUUUAGAAACAUCCAUUCAGUGUAUAUAAAUAUAUUAAUUAUCUUUUGUUGUCUUUCCUAUCUGUUAGCUUUUGUGGAUACGAAAUUAUUAUUUAGAAUGAUUCCAAAACUUGAGCAUGAUUGGAUGUUUCACAGUUCGUAACUUAUCUUUCGUACACGUUACACACUUGUAUAGUUGUAUAAAUAUGUACUCGUAUGCAUCUACUGCGAUUCAUUUCCACACCAAGCUAGACAAUUCUCCCUCUCUUAACUCUUUGGUUAAAAAAAAGUUCUCCCUACCUAACUCACUCACUAAAAACCCGGCAUGCCGGCCCAAGUGAUCCCUGACCAGACCUUUCAAUUCAUCCACGACACCAUCAUGGAGGAGACUAAUUCAACUUUAUUUCAUAAAAGGUUGGAAGGAAAAGUAGCCAUCAUAACCGGAGGCGCACAUGGAAUCGGCAAAGCCACCGUCCAGCUAUUCACGAGACACGGUGCCACGGUGGUGAUCGCUGACGUGGACGCCACCGCCGGCUCUUUCCUAGCUAAAUCUCUCUCAUCAUCCCAAGUCGCCUUUAUAAGCUGUGAUGUCUCGGUAGAAGCUGACGUGGAAAACUUAGUGAACGUUACCGUGGCACGGUUCGGUCGGCUCGACAUUCUAUUCAACAACGCAGGAGUUCUCGGUGACCAGAAGAAACACAAAAGCAUACUAGACUUCAACACUGAAGAGUUCGACCAAGUGAUGCGUGUGAACGUGCGAGGCGUAGGUCUCGGCAUGAAACACGCGGCAAGUGCCAUGAUCAAGAGAGGGUUUAAAGGUUGCAUAAUCUCGAUGGCGAGUGUGGCCGGUGUGAUGGGUGGAAUGGGGCCACACGCUUACACGGCGUCGAAACAUGCGAUCGUUGGACUGACCAAGAACGCAGCUUGUGAGCUAGGUAAGUAUGGGAUUAGGGUUAACUGCAUAUCGCCGUUUGGAGUUGCCACGUCGAUGCUGGUGAACGCGUGGCGGAAGGGUGACGUGGGAGAUGGUGAUGAGGUGGAGGAGAUGGAGGAGUUUGUGAGGAGUUUGGCUAAUUUACAAGGAGAGACGUUGAGAGCCACGGAUAUAGCUGAAGCGGCGUUAUAUUUAGCGAGUGAUGAGUCAAAGUAUGUUAAUGGACAUAACCUUGUCGUUGACGGUGGUGUUACGACUGCGAGAAACUGUGUUGGUUUGUGAUGAUCUUUUUCCUUUUUUUUUCUAAUUGAUCUGCUAAUUGACUGAAUUUGGUAAAUCUUUUUCUGUGUUGCUGGAAAUUUCUGGUUAUUCAAUAAAACAGUGAUUUUUAA